GUUGCAACCGCCACUGCCAGCGCCAUCUCGCCCUCCACCCCGCCCGCCCAAAAUGCAGGCCAUUGCCCGCCCCCUCGCCCGCGCCGCCCCCAGGCAGGUCCGUGCCGCCGCCGCCCUCUCGACGUGGGCCAACGUCCCCGCCGGCCCCCCGGACCCCAUUUUGGGCGUGACCGAGGCGUUCAAGGCCGACCAGGACUCUCGCAAGAUCAACCUUGGUGUUGGCGCAUACCGCGACGGCAAUGGCAAGCCUUACGUGCUCAGCAGUGUCAAGAAGGCAGAAGAAUUCUUGACCGCGAACAACCCCGACAAGGAGUAUUUGCCCAUCAGCGGUCUUCCUGAAUUCACCAAGGCCGCAGCAAAGCUCGCGUAUGGCGCGGACAGCAAGCCGUUGAAUGACAGCGCGGUCGCUGUCGUGCAGUCCAUCUCGGGCACGGGUGCCCUGCGCAUUGGUGGCGCGUUCUUCCACAAAUUCUUCCCCCACUCAAAGGCGAUCUACAUCCCGAACCCUUCGUGGGGUAACCACACUGCUGUGUUCCGUGACUCCGGCCUCGAGGUCAAGCAAUAUCGGUAUUUUGACAAGAAGACCGUGGGUCUUGACUUUCAGGGCUUGAAGGAGGACCUGAGGAGUAUUCCUACGAACUCAUUGGUCCUGCUGCACGCCUGUGCGCACAACCCCACCGGUGUCGACCCGACGCCCGAGCAGUGGAAGGAGAUUUCCGACAUCAUCAAGGAGAAGUCGCUCUUCCCCUUCUUCGACAUGGCCUACCAGGGCUUCGCCUCGGGCGACACCACGCGUGACGCGUUCGCCCUGCGUCACUUCGUCUCGGAGGGCCACCAGGUCGCGCUCUCGCAGUCGUUCGCCAAGAACAUGGGUCUCUACGGCGAGCGUGUCGGUGCGUUCUCCGUGACGUGCGCGGACGAGGGCGAGAAGAAGCGUCUGGAGAGCCAGCUGAAGAUCAUCGUCCGCCCGAUGUACUCGAACCCGCCGCUGCAUGGCGCGCGGAUCGCGAGCACGAUCCUGAACAGCCCGGAGCUGUACACGGAGUGGGAGGACGAGGUGAAGGGCAUGGCGAACCGCAUCAUCUCGAUGCGUGACCGCCUGUACGACAACCUCGUCUCGCUCAAGACGCCGGCGAGCGUGGCGCAGAAGGCGCACAUCUACAUGACGGCGGAUGGCCGUAUCUCGAUGGCGGGUCUGAACGGCCACAACGUCGACUACUUCUCGGAAAGCGUGAGCAAGGCGGUCAAGGGCGAGCUCUGAGCUGGAUUCGGGCUCUUUGAAUUGUUGCAUUGACACUGCUAGAGUGGAUUGGAUGUGGUAGACAUCUACGGCCAGACUAAUGGAGCGUCCUGUCACUGA